AUGUCGGCUCCCGUCUGCCCGCCUUCCCAGUACGCAGCAGCCGACCAGCAGGCUGCCUGGGCUCAGUCCGCCGCGCAGGGCGUUUCCCAGCAGUACGCUGGGCAGCCCGCAUGUCCGCACGGCUACUACGGACAGGACGCGCAGGCCUACGCGCAGCAGGCCACCCAAGGCGCGGCGGGGGCGCCGACGCAGGAACAGCUGCGCCAGCAGUACGAGCAUAUGCAGCAGGCGUACGAGGAGGAGUGCAGCCGACAGGCGUCUGCAGGCGCGCAGCCACAGGCUUCAGUGGUAUCGCAAAGCAUGUAUCUGCCGCAGCCUGCCAUGUACGGACACAUGACCAAGCCGGUGCCGAUGGGCGACUUCCACCCUGGAUACAACUACGCGCCGGGCAUUAACGUCCACUACAACUACUACGAGGCCAGCGAAUACGUGGCCAAAGUCGACAGACCCCCGACCGCCGAGGAACCCGCGAAGGCGGAAGCUGACGCCGAGAAGGACGCCAAGAAGGAGCAGGAACAGGCCCUGAAGCCGCUCAUCACCUCCAAGUUCAGACUCGCCUCCGGACAAGCCUAUGUAAACUAA